AUGUUUCCCGUUGGAGACUUCAACUUCGUAUUCUGCAGUUUAGCUACUGUAGCUGCAACUGUGGGGUACGCAUUUACAAGGAAGCAAAACCCGAUGACCCCCUCUGUCACACCGUCACCGGAUCCAGUUUCAUCGUCGUCUAGCUCUGGAAAGACACAAGAAACGAGUCCAUCCCAGGAGGGAGCGGCGCGACCACAGACUGCGCGCAAAGAGUCUUUGAAACGCAAAGUGCCUCAUGACGGUUUUGAUGAGCCCACAGCAGACGAUGGCUACCCACAUAACCUCCGUCACAUCUAUCCCUACAAGCGGACCCGAACUCCCUCGAGCGAGCCUGAGCAGGAGGCCGAUGAUAAGCCUGCAACCUCUCCCAUUUUUGCCCUGGUGGAGACCAAGCCCGAAGAACCUGUGUCGAUCGAGCAGGAGAUGGAGAACACUGUUGAGACGAAGAAGGUUGAGGAGACUGAGGAAGUCCCUCGUGUUGAGGAGCAAGCCUCACCGGCCAUCAACAGUCCCAGGACCCCCUCACCCCCACCCAGUGUCACCUCCACCGCCGCCAUCCCUGAAACCCCUGCCAGUGCAGCUGCACCCACAUCCGUCAUAGCAGGGCAGACGGAGCUGAAAUCGACGACUAACUCCCCAGCGAGCCCCUUCCUCACUCGGCCUAACACCCCCGCCGGCGCAUCUUUCUCCAGGUCUGCCGCUUCGACCCCUUUCCAGUCAUCCGGAUUUGCGGCUUUUGCUGGGUCGGCUUCUCCUUUCGCGUCUGUCAAGAAGACCAGUCAAGCGUCCUUCCGCGCUUCCCUGUGGAACCUCGACAAUGAUGCCUCAUCUUCUACCGAUUCAUCCGCCUCUAAAAACGGACUUGGUCUGGCUUUCGGAGAAACUGAAUCUCAAGACGUGCAGAAUUCUCAAACUUCUGGGUCACAUGCCAUCGUCGCGGCGACGCCAUCCAAGUCUGUUAAUUUGAUGCCCUCCACUCUUACCACCGGUGAAGAAAACGAGGACGUCGAGCAGGAGAUCAAGGGAGUGAAAUUGUUUAUCAAACGAGGCAACAAGCCCUUUGCUUCUGGGAUGGUCGGACACCUUAAACUUCUUUCCGACAAGAAGACCCUCGCAGAACGCCUUCUGUUCCGCCGCGAGCCCCUUUGGCAGGUAUCGAUGAAUGUUCGUCUCAACGCCGCCACGCGUGUCGUGUACGAUGCCGAGGAGAAUGUCAUCCGCCUCGCAUUGAAGGAGCCAGUCUCUCCAUCUACUCCCGCUAUUCUUGAACCAGUCGUCUACGCGCUCAAGCCUGGCCGAGCUUGCUCCAAGCAAGACUUCAAAGAAUUCGCAGAGUCUUUGCUGAAGAACGCUCAGUUCAAGCAACCACCCCCCACGGUUUCUGUUGACUAA